AUGCCUCAGCCAUCCAUUACUCCACCAUGCCUCACCCAUCCAUUACUCCACCAUGCCCAGCCUCCAUUAAUCCACCAUGACCAGCUAUCCACACUCCACCAUACCUCAGCUAUCCAUUACUCCACCAUGCCUCAGCUAUCCAUUACUCCACCAUGCCUCAGCUAUCCAUUACUCCACCAUACCUCCACCUAUCCAUUACUCCACCAUGCCUCAGCUAUCCAUUACUCCACCAUGCCUCAGCCAUCCAUUACUCCACCAUGCCUCAGCUAUCCAUUACUCCACCAUGACUCAGCUAUCCAUUACUCCACCAUACCCCAGCCAUCCAUUACCCACCAUGCCCUCAGCUAUCCACACUCCACCAUGACUCAGCCAUUCAUUACUCCACCAUGCCCUCAGCUAUCCAUUACUCCACCAUGCCUCAGCUAUCCAUUACCCACCAUGACUCCAGCCAUCCACACCCACCAUGACCAGCCAUGCCUCAGCCAUCCACACAUCCACCAUACCAGCCAUCCAUUACCCACCAUACCUCAGCUAUCCAUUAUUCCACCAUGCCCAGCUAUCCAUAAUUCCACCAUGCCCCAGCCAUCCAUUACUCCACCAUGCCUCAGCUAUCCAUUAAUCCACCAUGCCUCAGCCAUCCAUUACUCCACCAUGACUCAGCUAUCCAUUACUCCACCAUGCCUCCAGCUAUCCAUCCAUUAA